CAUCAUCAUCAUGUGAGACUGUGCUUUCUGUGCAUUAUACAGCGUCGUUGCGUGCGCGUUCACACCCUCGACUGCUUUGUUUUUGUUUGUGUCAUAAACCGUCAGUAGUGAUUAUUUGUCGUGAUAAACACCGGCCUGCUGCGAUGCUUUAGCGUGCGGAGUCCAUUAAUCGUCCUGGGGGAAAGAACGACAUGAUUGAACCAGCGCAGUAGUAUUUAUCGAUCAUUAAUCACCUCGGCUCAUUCUUCGGUCAAUUUAAGGUGCCUGCAUGUUCUCAUGAUCAUCAGGCUCCCAUGGUCUCCUUGACCUGAUGGUCAGUCAGCCAGGGGCGGCCACUUUUCAAAUUCUCAUCGAGACAUGUGAGCGUGCGGGGAAGUGGAUCCAACUCAGCAAUUGGAGACCACUCAUCAGUCGUAUGAGGGCUGUGUGCUGCGCUGAAAGUGUUGCUGGGAAGUGAAGGAGCCUGCAGGCAGAGCCAUGGGCUGUGGGGGGAGCAGGACCGAUGCUCUGGAGCCUCGCUACCUGGAGAGCUGGACCAAAGAGACAGAGUCGACAUGGCUGACCAGCACAGACACUGACAUCCCCCUGUCGUCCAUCCAGAGCAUCCCCUCUGAGACCUCGGAGGCCGGCUGCUUCACUUCUGAGAAAACAAUCGGCCCUGUUCCAGAUCUCUUUGAGGACGCGCUCCCUCCUCCUGCUCAGGCGUAUCUGAAGGUCUGCUCAGCCGUGUCUGAAGCCAGUCUGAGUGACGUGAAGCCCAGCAGUCCUGCCGUCAUACUCGCCUCUCCGCCCAAAGAGGAGGCGUUGCCUUCAUCUGGCACCACGGUGCAGCGCCGAAGUGUCCUACACACAGAAGAGAUUACAAAAUGGCAGGACAGUCGUAUGUCCACCAAGCAGGUGACCAUCACAGUGACACAGAGCAUCCACCAGGUGGACAAGAACGGCAAGGUGAAGAAGUCCCUCACCACCUACGAGGUGAUGAAACCUGUGGAGAGUCUAAAGCAGGUGACCACACAAAACACUUGACUUGCAGAUGGAGACUGGAAGAAGCCAAAUAAAAAGAAAAACGAUGACUGUGAAAUAAA